AUGGCAUCAGUCAGUCCAGACGCACCCCUCGGGGGCCAAGGUCGCGUUCAAGUAUCUAUUUACUCUCGCUUCAGACCCUUGCAGAAGCGCACCAUCACCGCCAUCGCUGCAUUUUGCGGCUUCCUCGCGCAGGCUUCAACGACAUGCGUUCUGGCGGCUGUCCCAGAGAUCGUCGAAACGUACCAUACAACAGCGAAUGUGGUCAGCAUCAGUAAUGCGGUCUACCUUGCGUUCAUGGGCCUUUCCUCAUUGAUCUGGGGACCUUGGGCCGACAUUUUCGGCCGUCGCUCUGUAUGCCUAUCUUUACAGACACUAUUUCUAGUCUUCACAAUUGGUACGGCUUUGGCGCCUCAACUAGAACUUUUCUUCCCAUUCAGGGCCUUCACGGCGUUUCAGGGAACUUCCUUCCUCAUCCUUGGGUCCAGCUGUAUUUCUGACAUUUAUCACCCCACUGAGCGAGCCACUUCUCUGGGCUGGUUCUUGAGUGGCACCACCGUCGGUCCGGCUUUUGGACCGCUUCUGGGUGGUAUAGUCACUUUCACCUCAUGGCGCGUCAUCUUCUGGAUCCAAGCUUCACUUGCUGCCACUGCACUUGUUCUCGUCUUCUUCUGCCUCCCCGAAACACUCCAUCAGUCUCGCGAGAGCGAACUGACGGGGCUCGGGCCACUUGAGAAAUGCAGAAAGCUUUGGCAAUGGGGAAACCCAGUCAGAGUGGUCAAGAUCUACGGCAAUAGAAAUAUGCUUCUUAUUUGCCUCGCUUCCUCAUCCUUGGUUUGGAAUAUGUACUCUCUACUCACCCCGAUCCGAUACGUGCUUAACCCCAGGUUUCACCUUACUACGCCACUGCAAUCGGGGUUGCUGUAUAUUGCACCUGGAGCGGGAUACGUUAUCGGCUGCCAGGUUGGCGGUCGAUGGGCUGAUUACACCGUCAGCUCGUGGAUCCGGAAGCGUGGCAUCCGCUUGCCGGAGGACAGACUUCGAAGCAGUCUUGUCUUCCUCGGGCUGAUGUUGCCAGGAUCCAUGGUUUUGUACGGCUGGACGCUUGACAAGAAGUUUGGCGGCAUCCCCCUUCCUAUUAUCUGCAUGUUUUUGCAAGGUAUCGCACAGUUGGCUGCCUUUCCAAGCCUGAAUGCUUACAUUCUGGAUGUCAUGCAACAUCAAAAUGGGGAAGCUUCGGGUAAGUUACAUGCGUGUUCUUGGACCCUGCGUAUGAUAUUGAUACUAACAAUUCUGCAGCCAGUCACUACCUCAUGCGAUAUAUGUGCGCUGGCCUUGCAACUGCGGUGUGUCUUCCUUUGA